AUGGGCCUGCCAUGUUUGCCGGCAGCCAAUCAGAGAGUCCCCUCUGGCCUGACGUCACAGCGCCCCGCCCUCGCCGGGCAUCCCCACCACUCCCCACCACGGCCGCCUUCCCCUACUCCUCAGGGAAUAAUUUUAGACUUGACACUAUGUCAAAAGAGAUGGACAACCUGUAGAUACAAUCUUUUCCCCUUUGCUUUGGAAAAGCUUUGGAGACAACUAGCUCAAGUUCACCCCCUCGGGUCCAUGCCAGUCAUUACCAACGGUCUGGAUAAGGGGUGGAAGGGGAAAAGAAACCCCCCUCCUCAUCUAUUUCUUAACCUUUAG